CUUUAGCUUUCAGUCAACCAUUGAACGUUUUAAUGUUGAGAGCUGUAGGUCUGUAUUUUAUUUAGGGCAAUAUUGUUUAUUUUUUAUUCUAUUGUCCAUUAACCUAUUAUUUUGUUUAGUAUAACCCUGCAUCUGAACCUUAUAUAAAAUAGGCUAUUUUAUUUUGCAUUUUGAAAGAGGUGUUUUGAAGUCAUUUAUAGUCUAAUUCAUAGAUCAAUAGAUAGUGAGAAGUCGAUAGUGUGCUCGGGACCCGGAAGUUUAUUUUAACGUAGGACUAUUUGCAUUUAGAAAAGUAAUUAUACACCAUUACUAUACGACUGGAGCGCUAGAUACUGUUUGAAACACUGGGCAGCAGUGUUUACUCAAAAACCUGGUGAGAACCAUGAGCACUCAUUGUUUAUAGACGGUGUCUGAAACCCUUUGGAUCUCUUCAUAGUGUCUAAACCUCUCCGGAUUAUACCUGAUCCCUUAAUAUGAUGAUGACUUUAGUGUUUUGGGGAUUGUGGGUAACGUCUGAUAUUCAGCUGUUCGUCUGUAAGUGCUAUUUUUUUAUUUGGAUCAACUAUGGUCAAAACAUUUUGUCUGGUGAUUGAAAAGUUAGAAGUGGAGAUUUUUAUAUGUUGAGCGAUAAAGCUAAAAAUCUAAUUAUGAUUAAACAAAUCCACAUUGCUGUUUUGUCAACAGUAAACAGUCAUACAUUUUAACCAGUUGAUUUAUAACAAUCACUGAUAAUAACUUGAUAUUACAGAUUUUUGUGAUGGCCUGUGUUCUAAUUAUCUACAUUUAGGCAUGUGAUUUACCAAAUUCAUACAGCAGACAACACUUACUGGAAUACAGCCUGUGAAAACAGACACUAGGAAUGUUGUACUUGUUUUUGAGUUUCAUUGAGUAAAUGUCACAUGUUCAAACAAGACUCUCAUUUAGUUCCUCUUUUCACUAAAUAAAAGAUACAUGGCUAAAUUAGCAAUUUUGUCAAAUGUUCCCAUUCCUGAUUACAUUUAAAAUAUGCUGUGGCUGACCCUGUGUAAUGACAAGAUGGGCUUCAGAGUGAAUGAAGGUACCAGUGACAAGGCUUCCAAACUCCAGCCUGGUCUCCCGCUUCAUCAAGAUACACGAUCCCUCCCCUCUUUUCACCUAUUUGGUCUGUGCCAUCUCUUGUGAGUUAAGUGUAAGUGUGCUGUGAGUGUGGAGAUGACGGAAAUAUGACGCUUCCUCUGGAGACCUCCUCGUCUACACAUUCCUCUGUUCCUGUUAGGGAUUAGCCAUCAUGUUUUUGCAGGGAGAUGGGGGAGGGUUGGCAAGUAGGGUGGGGUUAGUCUCGUGAAUAUGUGCGCUGAUGUGAGAGAAAAACUGUGCUGGCAGGCGGGAAACAGUUUUAUGUUGAGAGUUUUAAGGUGGCUUUAAGAGUGUGAGUGAUUGGGGAAAAAAAAUCUGAGUACAACAACCCUGAUUGGAUACAGACAAGUCUCAGACGGAGGAUGUGGCUCAGCCUUCUCUCUGGUUUGAUUGUGGGAGCAGCUGUCCUCUGUGCUCUCUACCUCUGGGUGAUCCCUGCAGCUGUGCAGUAUCAUGGAGGACUUGCGCUGCUGUGGCAUGACGUCAUUGUAGAGCGUGUACUGGAUACCUUGACGCGGAAAUCACGUCCCCAGCGUCUUCUGAAGGCAGUGGAGGGCAAGGCCACUCUAGGAGACCCCCAGAGUGUGAUCACGGCCAUUGACCACUUCUGCAGACACAAAGAAUGGGCCAUGAACGUGGGCGACGAGAAAGGCUCCAUUCUGGAUUCACUGGUCAUUGAACUAAGCCCAGUCAACGUCCUGGAGUUAGGCACUUACUGUGGAUACUCCACGGUGCGCAUAGCCCGCCUGUUACCCCCUGGCGCCCGCUUCAUAACCUUAGAGUUCAAUCCGGAUUACGCCGCCGUGGCCCGUCAAGUCAUCGGAUGGGCGGGGUUGGAGGACAAGGUGCAGCUGGUGGAGGGAGCCUCGGGAGACUGGAUCCCUCGAUUGAGGGAGCAUUUUGGUGUCCAGAUGUUUGACCUGGUUUUCCUGGACCACUGGAAAGACCAAUACCUUCCUGACACAAAACAGCUGGAAGAGUGUGGUCUCAUACAGAAAGGCACUGUGUUGCUAGCAGAUAAUGUAAUCUGUCCAGGAACUCCUGACUAUCUGAAGUAUGUUCGCAACAGCCCUCACUAUGACAGCCGCUACUACAGAUCCCAUCUGGAGUAUACCAAAGUAGAAGAUGGCUUGGAGAAGUCUGUGUUCUUGGGUUUCUAGCAAAACAUAGAGCCUCAAAACACUGUAACUCUCUUUACAAUGUCUUUUGUUUUUUUUGCCAUACUGCGUAAGUGGAGCCAGCUAAGAAGAGUGAAUGUCUCUUACUGACUGAGUGACUGACUGACUGCCCCUUGUUAAAUAGCGUAGUGGUUAGAGAAGCGGACUUGUGAACUAUAAGUCCCGAGUUUGUAUAUCCUCGCAGGCAAAGCGAAGUACGCAUUGUGAAUAAUUCCGUAUUGACGACUUUGCUAGCUGAAACUGUAUACGGUUAUAUUGCGACGGUUUCUAGCAUGGAAAAGUUUAUCUUCUGUCUCGCUAGCAAUUGUUCAAUUCUUAUGAUUAUUACUAGAAAGUUUGUAGAUACUAGUAAUCCUAUUACUGGCUAAUAAGCUGUUAAAACGGCCAGUGGCAAAAGCAAUACAGUUUAUAGACGCUAUGGUGGAGGUAAACUUAAUAAGAAACAUU